AGCGCCUUCAACCGUCGCCCCGGGGUCGCGAUCCACAUCCACCGACCCAUCCGUCGGAAAUCGAAACUCGUCGAUUCAACGGAUAUCAACUUUGUUUUCCCCGGAAGUGAAUCGUGUAUCUCGAGUGUGACGUCGGCAAGAAAUCAGUGAAUCAAUUAGAUCGCGUUUUGAGAUAAAGAAUUUUCAAUUGGAACUUAUCGAGUUUUGGGACGGGAAAGGUCGGAGAAAAUGUCAGGCUGGAGGUCUAACAUUUGAAGAGAAAAUUUUAACGCGAGACGAUGAAUAAUACACUGUUUAACGUCACUCGCUCUUUCGAUUCGAGAACGAUGUUUUAAGUCUCGCUCCGACGCGAUUCUUCUGAGAAAAAUAUAAAAUUUGCAUCCCCCUUAUGACGAUGACGAGUUUAAAACGGAAGAAAUGAAACGAAAAAAUCGAUUCGACAACGAGAGACGUUAAUGUCAAUAAAUUUUAAACAUGGAAUGUGAAUCUACCGGAGGAUGGAAACCAAGGAUCACGGUGAUGCCGACGAACAGUCAGAAUAACGUCAAUUUGAUUGUUGAAUCAAUCGCUGUGUUGAUUCGGAGACUCCAUUUUCGCGUCGAAAAUGAGGGACUCUUAAACUUGGUGACAUCAAUUCUUAUCGCGAUGUGUUUAGUCUGAAGUUACUAGCGACUUGGUACUAAAGACAGUAUGAAGAAUACGUACUGAUAAGAAAGAACUUUUAUUUGUAUAAAAAAAAAAAGUCGAAUUACAUUUGAUGGACAUUCGACUGAGCGGGAGUCAGUGAAAGUGAGUUUCGGUCGGCAGGAAGAGAGUCGUGUUGUGAGCUGUGUUGCCGGAGUCGAUAAGACGAUAAAAAUCUCUACGAUUCCUGCCUACUAUGCAACCAUUCGCGACGGGCAGCACGAUGGCGACCGAGACACCAACGAGCUUGCCGCCCGAGAGGGUGACUUCUCCGACGCCCUGCCGAAAUCUCACCUUCUCCAUCGCGAAAAUCAUGGAACCGGACAAGCGAUUGACCGAGCAGAACGCUAACCCGGUGCCUCCUCCUCCACCGCUGCCGCCGGCACCGCCAACGACGACGACGACCAUUCUUCAACAACCACCGAACAUUUCCUCCCCGUCGUACUCGGCGCAUCUCAAGUCCGCGUUCGAGAAAUACGUGCCGACUCUAAGGCAUCAGGAUCUACUUCAACAUUAUCCCGUAUUGUCCAAGUACUAUCCGCUGUAUUAUCCGAGUCCUUUGCUGAGAGCUUUUCCGGGUCCGCCCGCGUCGACCCCGUCGGUUACGCAGAGUUCGCCGUCUCCCACGGCGAUCCAGGAAGCUUCCUCCAGACUGAGUCUGACUAACAUAUCGCCGGAGAAUCAGCGCGGCAAAAAGAGUCCGGCGCCGCGCAGCGAGCUCGGCGCCGCGAACAAGCAAAAGACUUUCACCUGUCCGGAGUGCGGCAAGGUGUUCAACGCGCAUUACAAUCUGACGCGGCACAUGCCGGUACACACGGGCGCCCGGCCAUUCGUCUGCAAGAUCUGCGGCAAGGGUUUCCGACAGGCGAGCACUCUCUGCCGGCACAAGAUCAUUCACACCGCCGAGAAGCCGCACAAAUGCGUGACCUGCGGCAAGGCCUUCAACCGCAGCUCAACCCUGAACACCCACACGCGCAUACACGCCAACUUCAAGCCGUUUGUGUGCGAAUUUUGCGGCAAGGGCUUUCAUCAGAAGGGCAACUACAAGAAUCACAAGCUCACGCACAGCGGCGAGAAGGCGUACAAGUGCAACAUCUGCAACAAAGCGUUCCACCAGAUCUACAAUUUGACCUUUCACAUGCACACGCACAACGACAAGAAGCCGUUUUCUUGCAAGAUCUGCGGCAAGGGUUUUUGCAGGAACUUCGACCUCAAGAAGCACAUGCGGAAGCUGCACGACACGGGCUCGCCGGUGCUAAACGGACUGGACACCACGAGUCAGAGUCACAACCAGUCGGGUUACUCAUCGGUGUACCACGGUCCGGAACACUCCAUCGUCAGUCCGUUCAUAUUACCCCCAUCCGGAUCCACCAGUUACCACUCCCUAAGCAAGAUGUUGUGACAGAGCGAGAACAUGCACUAUCCCAGGAAGACUCAGUAUCCGCUCAUUCUCGGCUCACCUUGUUACUCGACUGACAUGGCUCAGCUGGCGCAGACUUCCAAGUGAAAAAAAAAGAGUAAGAGACGUUAAAUAUUCGACAUUGUCUCUUACCGUAAAAAACAGAGAGAGAGAGAGUAUCUUUCUCGAUCUCGUCGAGGAUGAAAUACGGAGAAUAUACAUUCGCGCGUCACGUGUAUCACGUAUUUUGCUGAAAAUAAAUGAAAUAUAACACUGAGGAGUUGCGACGGAAAUUUCAGUAUGGAAAAAAAUCGAUAUUACUGAAAACAUACACACAUAUAUAUAUACACACACACACAGAUAUUGAUCAUUCGUUCGAAAUAAAUGAAUAAAAGUUGAAUUAACUCGAUCAAAUGACUCGCGUCAAAAAUUAUUGCUCGAGGUUUUUAAUUGUAUAACUUAAUUUAAAAAAAAA